AGUUGCCUUGCCUCGGCACUAGUCGGUAGCGUGUUCGAUCGUUUUGCUUCAUUCAUGUUUACUAUUCUUUCGUAAUAUUUGGUGGUCUUCGUCAAAAAAUUUCGGGAGAAAAAUAACAGUAUCGUGUGUGAAAAUUUUGUCAUUAGCAGCAGCACAGCUGACCUUUGCCGAAACGAGAAGUGUUUGCUGAUGGAUUCGGGAAGCAUCAAAUUAACAGUGUGAUUGAGCGUUUUGCAGCGGUGAAGAAAAAGAUCUCCAAAAGUGUAACGCAAAGUUCCUGCUAGGUCUCGCUAUUGCUGAUUCUUGAUUCAUCUAGGGGGAAAAAACACGAUAUUCAUACAUGGUAGAACUGGAAGACCUUGACUAUAAAUGGUUCGCAAGAAAAAGUGACGCUGUGGCUCGAUUCGGUUCAGUUCAGUAAACCCGCAGAGCAAUUAGGUUGUGUUAAAACGCCAAGCAGCAGCCGCCAGAAAAAGAGACAGAGACCCUACUAGAAUCAAUCUGAGCACGAGAGAUACAUUUCGCACAUCGAAGAAAGCAGCACAAAAAGGAAGCCCCAAUCCAAUCCGUACCUAGGCAAAAGCUGACCACACCACACUGCGGCAGGUAUAUGCGUUGAUAGAUUUCCAACACCAUCUACCAACUUACUUCCUAAUUGGAUUAGACGUCAAGGUGUUCAUAUUCAAACGCAACCAGCAGCAGCCAAAACAUGAACUCGAAGCCCCCAUCGGGAGGAGCUAACGGUGCAGCAGCCGGAGCGAGCCAACCGUUCAUUCCAUACAAUAUCGACUGGAUUUUCCCGAAACUGCGGAAACCCUCGAGGCUGUGGCACAUCGCCAGUACCGGCGUCAUCGGCCUAGUAGGAUUUUUCUCCAAGAUCGUGAUCGUAUGGCUCAACAAGGCCCGGGUCCACAACAUCCAAGUGCUGGAAGAUGCACUGGAAAACCGACCCAAGGGAAUCCCGCUGCUGACCGUAUCCAAUCAUCACUCGUGCUUCGAUGAUCCCGGAAUGUGGGGACUGCUGAAGCUCCGUCUGCUAAAGUUGCGCAACGUAUGCAACAAGAACGUAAUCCGGUGGUCGAUGGCGGCUCAUGAUAUUUGUUUCACCAACAAGUACCAUUCGCUGUUCUUCAUGUACGGCAAAUGCAUUCCGGUUGUGCGGGGCGCUGGCGUCUAUCAGCCUGCCGUCGAUCUGUGCAUUGAGAAGCUUAAGCUGGGCCACUGGGUGCACGUGUUUCCCGAGGGGAAGGUCAACAUGACCAAGGAAGAUCUCAGGUUCAAAUGGGGCGUAGGACGGAUCAUCUACGAGACGCCCAUCUUGCCGAUCAUCAUUCCCAUCUGGCACAUCGGCAUGGAAACGGUACUGCCAAAUGAGCCACCCUACUACCUGCGAACCGGCAAGAAGCUCACCUACAACUUCGGCAAACCCAUCAAUCUGAACGAUCUGAUGGAGGGACUACGGCGGGACCCGGUCAGCGAAGAGGACGCCCGCCGAAUCAUCACCGACAAAAUCCAGGAGGAGAUGAUGACGCUUAAGGAGGAAACCGAACGACUUCACCAGGACUACAUGAAAAACGGUAGCUGAGAGGAGGCCAACGGUUCUCCGGAACAGGGCGAACCAAUGGUUUAGGAAAAAGUAAUGGUCUCGGAUCACCCACCACGAAGGUGGAUGGAUUCCGAUUGGACGGACGAACAACAAUCGAUGCAAGCUGCCCCGUCAUUUUCGGACAAACUGUUUCCACGAAUUCGUAAAGUGCAAUUGACUAUAUUUUUGUUCAAUUUUUGAAAACAAUUAAAAUCAAACGUCAUAAGGAACAGUUGUCGGAAGUUGGGGGCAGGUUACUGGAAAUCUUCCUUUCAACAAACAUCUUCCUCUAAGAAGAUGAUAAAAAUAAUUUUGCAUGAUUUUUAUUCCAUCCACGUUUCGCAAGAGGUUGAUUAGAAGUUGGUUCCAACCAUUUAUUAUGUAAGAUAGAUUUGAUAAGUACGAACAACGAAUUGAUCCAUUUGCAUGUAAUAUUUUUCACCCAAUUUUUCAUCCUAUCAAAUUAUCAAGACAGUAAACGAUAAGCAUUAAAGUACCUCUACAGUUAAUUCCUGUUUAGCUUACUUUUUCAAACAAGCAGCUACUUUUAAUGUAGUUUUUUUUCGGUAAAAACACUAUAGCAAAGAUUCGACUAGAAACAAGUCCAUUGAACAAACUAGCAAAAUUUAGAAAAAUUAACGAAACACUUAAAACCUGCAAAUUGACCAAAUUCGCCAUAAUACAACUACCUUUAGAACAGCUCGAAAGUCUAUUAACAGUCGCCAUCAAACAGGAGAUGUCGACAGCAUUUUUCAUCUACCUGCGCGUUAAAUUGCUUAUUAUGGUAAUGUUACACAGUUAAGGCAAUAACAAACAAACAAACAAAAAAACGUAGUUCAACAGUACCUACACAUAUAAAAAACAAAUUUAGAAGUUAACUUACGAAAUACGGAUCGCGUACCAAAGUCGAUCGAUUUCUAGUCAGUCGAGUGAGCGAAUUGAGCGUGCGAGGGAUUUGACUUGGCAAUUGUGUGUUCUGCAAGCGAGAUGCUGAUGAAUAAUAAAAAACGGAGAUAAAAAAAACAAACCUAUUAGAACAAGAGUAGAUAAGUGCUUUAAUACUAGUAGCAAGUUAUUAAAGUGAACAACCCUUUUUUUUUGGUUAGUGAAACGUUGCGGUUAAUUUUCCAUGUUUAAGUGUUUCGCAAAUAGGGCUGUAGUUAGUUUUAUUCUUACUUGUGAAUUACAAAAAGGCGUAGGAUUACAAAAAAGUAGUAAAGACAGA